AUGGAUCGAAUUACUUCCCUGGAGAAAGAACAUGUCGAAGUUCAUCAAAAGUUGUUGAAAGUGUUAGAUCAGUUAUACCUUAAAAAGAAUGGGUUAUCGACUAAUUUAAAUCGUGGAGAAGAAACGAGACUCGAAAAUAGACUUCAAUUGCAACUUAGUUUAGAGAAGAGUGGUGCAAUUUUACGAACUAUAGAAAGAACCUUUAAUACAGAAAAUUCCUCUGCUGACAUAGACUUUGACGAUUUUACAGAAUUAAAACCAGAGGUCACGAGCUCAGUAGAACAUUUCCUGGCACUGAGGCUAGCCACAAUAAUGAAACAGAAUUAUGAAUUAGACAAGAUGCUAUCAGAAACACUGAAGAAAGAUCUAGAAUCUUAUCAAGAGUUAUACUCUGAACAUCAAAAUUACAGAAACCUUAUGCAAAAAUUUAUUAGCCUUUCGUCAAGUUUAGAGGCUAAGAAAACCUCUGAUGAUCUAACCAAUGAAGAUACUGAAAGUGACACUAAGCUAGCUCUCGAAAAUGAAACUAUAGAACAAUUGAUACUUGCUUUAAAAGUAAAUGGUGGUUAUAAUAUCUGA